AUGUCUUCUACCGUGUCAGAACUACACCGAAAGAGAGGAAAUCAAUUUUUCGCUAAAGUAAAACAAGAAGAAAAUGCUGCACCGGUACUUCGUCGUGGUCGUCUCGAUGAUGCUUUAAAAUCCUAUAAUCAAGCAUUAGCUACAAGUACUACCAAUGACGAAUAUGCGUCGGCCUAUAAAAAUCUUGCUGUACUACACGCCUAUCAUGUUAAUAAUCCAGUCAAGAACUUAACAACUGAAAAAGAUGUUCAAUAUUGUCAGAAAGAGUGCAUCAAUUCAUUCGGACAAGCAUACACAUACGGUAAAAAGACUCAUUGUUAG